AAAAAAAAAAAAAAGUCUGUUAAUCUCUUUAUACUACUGAUGGUGUUGAUUAUUAAAGAUUCUUAUUAUCAACCUGCUUGUGGUUCUUUUUAAAAAUGUUUUGUAUUCGCUCAGUUUUGAAUUUUGUACUCGAAUUUGUGUUACUUUUUAGUGUUGCCAUGGUGACCUCCACAGGAAGAACAAAUUGCGCUGCAGCGUGGUAAGUAACUGGACUUUCUGAAUUGCCGCAGCGCCAUCAGAGACACCAAUGCACUCCAACCUAGCCUACAAAUUCACAGGAACUGAAAGCAGGCACAGUGAUAACAGAAGAUGCAGGCCCGGGAACGGAUGCGCAAACAUAAAUUCACAGAAGCAGAGUUGGAUGUUUUAAUCGAAGAAGUGACCCAAAAAGAAGACGUUUUGUUUGGCUUGCAAGGGAACUGUAUGACAACCUAUGAGAAAAAUAAGAUAUGGGUUGAAAUAGCACACAGACUCCAUGCCACGUCUGGUAUGCAUCGCACUGUAAGUGAAAUAAAAAGAAGGUGGCAAGACCUUAAACGCAGGACAAAGCAGAAGGUUGAAGAUGCAAGAUUUCACGUCUCAACGACCAGCCCGUCUUCUCUUUUGUAUUUGACUGCGAUGGAGCAGAGGGUUUACGACUCCUUGAAUAUCCAGACAAUUGUAAAAGAGGAGGAACAAGACAUUCCUCGGUCAUCUCCACACGAAGACACCUUUCCGAUUAUAAUCACAGGCUCAGAAAAAAGUGAGGAAUCCCCUUUACCACAGCCAUCAAUUCUACAGACGCAUCAAUGUGUGGAAACUUCACAAGCGCCUGUACUUCUAAAACCACAUACAUACACAGAACAGUCUACCAGCAUGCCUUUUACAAACCAUGAAACUCAUGUUGUGAACCAAGAAUGUGACAAUAUCCACUCUCAAAGCUCUGAGGAGCCACUGGGUGGUCUUCCACACAUAGAAGAAGCACUUCCUGCCUGUGAUACCCAGCGAGCUUCUUUUCCUGGACUGCGAAACCCUCGGAGGAUCCAGAACAGUCCCAACAGAAUUGUGUCCGUUGGGCACUUUGAGCAGCAGCUGCUGAGGGCUCACCGGGAGCACACUGCUGUCGUAAAGGAGGGCUUCAGAGCCCUGACCAGGCAGAACAGACUGAUUUACAGGGAAAUGUGUGAAACCAACAAGAACAUUGCGCGUAUCGCUUCCCGCCUAGCGGAGAAAAAUGAAAGCGUGUCGGAUUUAGCCGAAGAGUUAGCCGGGAUCCACCACAAGAUAACGGAGAGCAUUGACACAACUAACUGCCUUCAGGACAGGGUGAUAGAUUUGUUGGCUUCGCAGCAGGAGCGAUCAGUCAUCGUUGUGCCAAGUGCUGUGAAAGGCACCUCUUUACCCUCCUCUUCAUCUGCAGAGGUGACAGCCACAGCUGUACUUAAACAUGAAAUAGACUGACUGCCAAAUGCAGUGGACAAAGACAUGUACAAUAUGUUUUUUACAUAAUAUUUGUUGUAAUACUGUACUCAUUUGUUGUAAAUUGCAUAAUAUCAUUACUGAAUUUGAUAGAUUUUACUAAGCUUCUGAUCCAGUUCAAUGACUGACCUUUUUUUUUUUUCUAAAGUGAAAAUAGCAGUAAUAGAUUUAUAAUGUAAUGUUUCCAUGGCUAUCCUUAGACUGUCUAUAAUCAAGUACCCCAAAAGUGUAACAAAGAUAAUUGCAAUUAUAACAAAAAUGUGUUUUGUCACUUGGUGCUGUAACUCUUGGCGCAGUGACGCCAGAAUGGGGAACCAGAGAGAGGGAGAGAUUUUUGGCACUUAUUCAAUGUUUUGAUUAAAAACAUUUAUUAAUCAGAAAAUCAACUGUUUAGGUUCAGAAAUUCAUAUUAUAUCAUAUUUAUGUGUAUUUUUGUAUAGCUAUUGUCAGAUAAUUAGCAUAGAACACUAAGUUGGAUGGAGGUGCAACUAUUAGUUGAUUUAUUGAUAAUCAUGGCUUUUAUUUUGCAUAUUUGGAGGCGCAUGUAGUUAGCUACUCAGAAACAUAUGCUUUUCUUGCAGGUUGCUAGACUAAAGUUCCUCUGUUUGUAUUUGUUUUGUGAUGAGAAAUGGCAGAAUCUAAUGAAAAAAUCAAAUAUCUUUUUGCUUUUUAAUAAAAAGACUUUGUAAUGCAUAUAUCUUAUGUACAGUAAUAUGCACAUGAACAUUUCCAGUUGUCUUGUGAUUUUUUUUCAAUGCAUCAAUUAAUCGAUUAAGAAACUGAUUGCAGCUUAAAGAUGGAUGCUAUCAACAUUGUCUUUUAGAUAUAAUUAAUUUGUCUUACAGUAAAAAAAAAAAAAAGAAACUAUAAAAAAUUGCAAUCACAAAAGAUAAAUUUAAGAAAAUGAUGAUUUAAAGAAGCUGUUUGAUAUUUUCUUGCUAGAAAACCUCCUACAUUUAGUUUAUGGAAAAGUUGUCUUAUGUUCCCUUAACCAGGGUCUUUGAUACCAGCUGUUAAAUGUGCCCCAUGCAAUUUAAAUCCUUAAAUACACAUUACUAAGUCACAAUUGCAGAGGGGACAGGAAUUAGAAUCAUUUCAAAAGCAUCACUUCCAAAAUCCAGCUUUUAGCAGUAUUUAGAAGCAGACUCUGGUUGAAAAAAUGACAUUAGUUAGUAAGCCUGGUAAAGAAUGACCUAAGCAGAAGAGCAAGGAUCCUGGUCCUUCUUUAGCAGGUUUUUGUCCCAACCAUGUUCCAGAGGGGCAAGUGAAUAGAAUUGGUUACCAAGUCUUGUUUUCAAUGUUGAAUCAGUUGGGAUGCUUUAACAUUUUGUCAGUAAUAGACUCCUAACUUCACAUGAUUGAAGUAUUUCUAAAGUACAAUGUUGCGGCAAGAUAAACGGCCUUUAAAUGAAAAUAACAUUUGGAAAACAAAAACAACAAAACAAUGUUCUUGUAAGGUGUUAGAAAAGGGUUCAAAGAAAAAAAAAAGUAAUUUAUUUGUAAUGCCCCCUUACCUUUUUAUGAGGUUUGCAAUUAAAGAGGUCCUCUAUAACACACAUUUGUUUGAUGUAUAGAAGUCUGAUGAAACAGUUAAAGCUAUGUUGUCUACCUUUUGUCUAAGGUUAAAGCAUGUUACAGAAAAAGCUGCAGACAAGCACAAUGAUUAUUCUCUAUCAAGGGCAUAAUUUCAGCUAUCAGUUGACAAAUAACCAGUCCUUGUAUGAAAGAUAAUAAUACCAAUACAGCAGAAACUUUAAGGCUAAAGCCAUUGCAUUUCUUGACAGCUUUAUAUGGAGUUUUAUUCCUUUCUAAAAAUGUGUCUCAUUUGCUUAAAAAUAAGGGCUUCUCUGACCUUGCAAGUGGAUAUAAAACCAAGACAUCUAAAAAUAUUUAUUUUUGAUUAAUAAACACAUUUCUAUCCAUAUGUAUUUCAAUAUUGUUCUAAACAAUAGCAAGGUACUUCUUAUACAUAUUUAAUUGUACAGUGUUUUGGACUGCAACUCUGAUUUCAGGACAACACAACAUUUAAAUUUUUAAAUGUUUAUUGUAGAUGGAUAAAUAGUCCGAGGCCUGCAUAUAUAUAAUUUUUAAUGCACAUACUUUCUUUUUGUUGUUUAAAUCAGGCAAUGUAAAAAAAGAGGGAACAUGCAUGUUGCCAGCAUAUCUGGCAUAACCAUCACCCAUUCCUUCAGAGGCACUUACAUGGGGGGGGGGGGGGGGAGGACUUAAAACAAA